AAUACAGCCAUAUUCUUCAAAUUACCGGCAGUCAUUGCGAGAAUCUUGUGAUGUAGAGUUCUUCGAUCAACAAGAAAAAGAAUUGAGAAAGCAUUCACUUUGGCCGAGAAUGCCGGUGAAAGUUGAUGUAAUUCCACCGCCGCCUGCUAAUUCGAAGCAGCCGGGUGUUACAAAAUCGUUGCUCUACAACGGUUCGCGCUUUCAGGGAUCGCAAAAGUCGAAGGGCAAUAGUUACGACGUUGAAGUUGUUUUGCAGCAUGUGGAUGAGGAAAACAGCUACUUAUGCGGUUAUCUUAAAAUAAAGGGUCUUACAGAAGAAUUUCCCACAUUAACUACGUUUUUUGAUGGUGAAAUUAUUUCCAAAAAAUAUCCAUUUUUAACUCGUAAAUGGGACGCGGAUGAAGAUGUUGACAAGAAACAUUGGAGUAAAUUUGAAUCUUUCUGUCAAUAUGCCAAAACUUUUAACUCCGACACAUUUGAUUACGAAGCACUAAAAGGGACAGAUUUUGUAUUUAUGAGAUGGAAGGAACAUUUUUUAGUUCCUGACCAUACUAUCAAAGAUAUUAACGGAGCUUCAUUUGCAGGCUUUUAUUAUAUUUGCUUCCAAAAGUCUGCUGCAACGAUUGAAGGUUUUUAUUAUCAUCGAAGUUCUGAAUGGUAUCAAUCAUUGAAUUUAAGGCAUGUUCCAGAACACAGUAUACAAAUCUAUGAAUUCAGGUGAAAUCCAUGCUUUUCCUAUAUUACCUCUCUAAAUUCAUAUUUUCUCUGUCCCAGCAUACAGAUCUCAUAAAAGUCCCCUUGGUCUUAAAAUUUUCUUCAUAUUUGUAUAAGAUAUCUAUUCAUUUUAUAUUUAAGGAUGAAAAUUUGGUUAAAUUUGAGUUAUGUCGACUAUAUAUCUCUACUGCUACUACGCGCGCGCGUGCACACACACACACAUACACGCGCGCGCGCGUUACAUACACACGAUACUUUUUAAUUCUGACAUAUAAUAUACGGUAUGUACCAUAUUGUUCGGUAUAUCCAAUAUUUUUGAUCAUAAUUAUAAAUAUGAUGAGUAGAGUGCCUCAGUGAGAGAUAUUUAAUUAAAACAAUUAUUUAUAUAGAUAUUCAUUGUGUAAGGCACAUUAUUAAAAUAAAUUAAUUGAUACUUUUUGUCAAUUAAAACCGUUGUUGUUGAUUAUUUGAUAUUCAUAUAUUCUACAACGAAGAUUAACUUCUUUGUCAUUGUUGCAUGAAACGAUCUUAUAAGAUUCUGGUACGUUUAUUGUUAUUUAAUCUAUCCUUUUGAAAUUUUUAAAAACAGAAUUAAAUUGUAAGAUAAUAAUGAUAUAAUAUAUAUUAUAUUAUUACUAAUAUUUAGAAUAUACAUAGAAUGCCUAUUGUGCAAUUUCGUUUUUAUUGUAAAUGGUCUUAUCUUAUCUCUUUUAAACGUUAAAACUUCGUAACUUCAUAAAUGAGUGCUAAUUAUGUCAUUAAUGUGGAAGCACAUAAUGUCAUUUGUACAAUAUGAUAAUUAUAUCACUAUAUUAUAUGUCUGUAUUGAGAUAUCUUGUUUUUUAAUAUAUUCUAUAUUAUUAUUUCCUCCUUUUUUUAACAAACAAAUAUCUUUUAUUCAUUAUUUUAGGGGUACUUAUGAGAUCUGCUUGCUUAAAUAUGUCACUUAUGAUCAUAUUGCAGUGAAAAUGUUAUAUUUCAAUUGUAUUUGGAUGAAUAACAUCUAA